UCGGUACUAAUUUUUUUAAUUUCGCUACUUUGAUAUAUACACAUAUUACAAUCGCUAUCAUGUCAGGUACAAAGGAAGUAACAGAGCUGCAAGCGUUUAAAACAGUCUUUUAUCACAGUGUGGUGAUACUCGCGCUACCUGUGGUUGCUUUCUUUACAAGCAAAAUUUUUCUCUUUGAUGGUAUAUUAGGUCUCAACACAGUAUCAAGUAAUGUGUAUUCGGCUGGUAUUGCGGUAAUAGUAUUACAUAUUGCCUUAGGAAUUUUUAUAUACAGAGCAUACUUUGAUGACCGAUCAAGAACACCAGCGGUUAAGAGAGAUUAGUUUUUUUAUUAUUAAGUACACCUUGGUGAUCGUACACUUAUGACAUAAUCACAGUCAACACAUUUGUCUCUGAUAAUAUUAAAUGGCAUUGUAAAGUAAAACUUUUAUGUGUUGUCACAACAAUCAACGAUACUUUUUUCUUUAGUCAGUAAUCAGUUGAAAUCCAUUUGCAAUUUGCCAAAAUUAACAAUUAAUGCUAUCUGUGCAAUGUAAUUUAUAUAAAAAUGAAUUUUUACAAAGCAACUUACAUUCCACAACUUCAAACGUUACAUAUAUGCAUUACAUAUUCCCAGUAUACUGUUCGAUGUCCAUACCAACGUUAAAAUAUUACGACUUUUCAUGUACAAAUAAAUGUAUGGUGAAUUAGUAUGAAUUUAUGGUGUUUAAAAUUUUUUUCUUGGUAAAACUUUUCUUGAUGAAACACAGAUACUUUUAUUUACAAUUUUCUUUUAUAAAACGCAAAUAACAAUGGCAACAUAAAGUUUGAGUGAUUUUUAUUUGUUUAUUGAAGAUAGACGCCAUAUUCCCUUCUUUAUAUGUAAAGAUUUUAAAAUUUAUGAUAAUUGCAUACUAUUUAUUUUAAAUUUUCAAAGGUAUUUC